CCACACACACACAAAAUGGAAGGUUUCUAUCAAUGUGAAGCCAAUUAUGUACCUUUGUCUCCUAUUAGCUUUCUAGAAAGAGCAGCAUUUGUAUAUGGUAAUAGUACAUCUAUUAUUUACGAAGAUAAGACGUAUACAUGGAAAGAUGUACACGAUAGAUGUGUCAAGCUUGCUUCUUCUUUCUCAAGUUUAGGCGUUCAGCCUGGAAAAGUGGUUGCAACAUUGGCUCCAAACAUACCUGCCCAUUACGAGCUUCACUUUGCGGUUCCAAUGGCUGGUGCCAUCCUUUCUGCACUCAAUACAAGCCUAGAUCCACCCACAUUAGCAGCCACUCUUCAACUACUAGAACCCGAGAUCAUAUUUUGUGAUUGCCAGUUCAUUGAAAUCGUCGUUGAAGCAUUCAAGCUCUUAGCACUAAAAAGCCAGAAACCAUCACCACUCCUUGUUCUAAUAGGCAGAAAAAGUGGCAUUGUUGUACCAUCAAACACUCUUAAUUAUGAUGAUCUUCUUUCUAUUGGGAAAUCUGAUUUCAAAAUUAUAUACCCAAAUAAUGAAUGUGAUCCAAUUUCGAUAAAUUUCACUUCAGGCUCAACUGGGAAGCCAAAGGGGGCUGUAUAUAGCCAUAGAGCGGCGUAUUUGAACUCAUUGGCAGUUAUCUUUAGAUAUGAUAUGAGAAAAAUGCCGGUGUUUUUAUGGACGGUUGAUAUGUUUCGUUGCAAUGGGUGGUGCUUUCCAUGGGCAGUGGCAGCAUUAGGUGGCACCAAUAUUUGCCUUAGAGAAGUCACAGCCGAUGUGAUAUUGAAAUCGAUUGUGGCUCAUAAGGUAACACACUUAUGUGGCCCUCCUACGAUUUUAGACAAAAUUGCAAGUUCAGAAACCAGUGAACAAUCGGUGAUUCCAGCUAAGGUUGAUGUAAUUGUGGCCGGGCCUUUGCCACCACCUGAUGUUAUUUUGGAAGUUGAAAGUCUCGGGUUCAGUAUUCACCAUGGUUAUGGAAUGACAGAAGCUCUUGGGCCCAUGACAGAUAGAUAUCUAAAAUCAACAAAUGAAGAAAAAAAUAAAGAUGAUCCGGAACUUGUGAAGAUAAGAUGUCGCGAAGGAGCUCACAACAUUCUAUUAGAAGAUGUUGAUGUGAAAGACCCGGAAACAAUGAAAAGUGUACCAUGUGACGGCAAGACAAUUGGUGAGGUUGUGUUCAGGGGUAAUGUAGUUAUGUUAGGGUACCUUAAAAAUUUGGAAAUGACAAAAAGUGCCUUUAAGGGCGGAUGGUAUAGGACAGGUGAUCUCGGGGUUAGGAACCCUAACGGUGAUAUCGUGAUGAAGGAUCGCGCAUUAGAUAGCAUUAUGGUCGAGGGGGAGAUUUUGAGCACGAUGGAUAUUGAGCGUGUCAUACGAAGUCAUCCAUUUGUAAAGGAUGUUGCAGUCGUUGGAAAACCGGAUAAGACCUUUGGUGAAUAUCCAUGUGCUUUUGUGACCUUAAAAGAUGAAUGUUCGCUAAGUAGCCAUGGUAUCAUCAAGUUUUGUGAAGAAAAAUUGAUGCCCCGACGUAUGAUCCCUAUAAACGUCUGGUUCGGAAUUUUGCCAAUGAAUUCAUCAGGUAAAAUCCUGAAAUUUGUUCUAAGAGAACAAGCCAAGUCUAUCUAGUUCGUGCCAUUUACAAACGGGUAUUGAUCACAUAUAUAUAUAUAUGUGGUUGUCAUAUACUGAGCCCAAAUUCGUUGCUCAAUUUUUACAAUUGUUUACAGGUUGAAUUCAAUAAAGAAAGGGUGCCAAAAAAUGGUCGGCCCUAAAAAGAUUGAUCCCAAAUUCCCAAUAGAUGUGUGGAAGCCCAUUUAAUACAUAAUCCAAUGGGCCAUACGCCGUGCUAAGCGCUACGGAAGCUUCCCUUUUCUUUUCUUUCUUGUGAAACUGCUACAAUGCUUUAUAAUUUGUGUUAAAUAAAAAUUGGUAUGUAUUCCAAAUUUUUUGUUUA